AUGUUUUACACUGUAUGAGGCGGGCCUUGGUGAUGAUGGACACGUCUGCCUUGCGCCCCGGCCAGAUUUUCGGUGUGUGUGUGUGGACUGUAGUGGAGAUUUUUGGAGGCUGAGAUAGAGGGGACGUACGUUAUUUUUUGGAGGAGAACAGAGUGAGAGGCCACGUUUGGAAAAGUUCCCCACACGCAUCGUUGGAAAUUACAACAGGUUGACGUGUCACCAUGACAACAGAAGCAGGCUCUGAGACAGAGGUGAAGGAGAAAGCAGAGGAGUCAGCCGCUCAGCCGGACCAGUCGGAAAAAGCCAAGGAAGAAACUGAGGAAACAGCGAACGCAGAGGGAGAGGGGAAGGAAAAAGAGAAGGAGAAGGAGAAAGACGGCAAAGAGGGGAAAGGAAUAUCUCGAUACCUGCCAACAUGGCUUAAGAAGCAGAAGUCUCUGAGCCAGACGUCUCCAACCAAGGAGGGCCCAGCCACAGAGGAAGCAGUUAACAAGGUGACACAGGACGAGGAGGAGGGGCCCGCCCCAGAAGUGAACGGUCACGCAGAGGAAGUGGAAGAGAAGGAGGCAGAGAAGUCUGAGCAAGGGACGGAAAAAGAAGCAGAAUCUCACUCCAACGCCAGUGCGGACACCGAGCCUGCCAAGGAAGAGAAGGUGGAAGAGAGUCCCAAGAAAAGUCCUGAAGAAGCCAAGGAGACAACAGAGGGAGAAGGAGCAGAAGAGCAGAAGAAGGAGCAGGAAGGAGAGGCGAAAGGUGUAGAAGAAGGGGAAGGAGAAGGACAAGCCUCCAUUUUCCAGUCUCCUCUUCGCUUAGUGAGGAAGACCAAGAUGAAGCUGGUGGUGUGUCAAGUAUCCCUCCUGGACGGGACUGACUUCACCUGCGAGGUGGAGAAACGUGCUAAAGGCCAGUACCUAUUCUUUAAGGUGUGUGAGCACCUUAACCUACUGGAGAAAGACUACUUUGGUCUGACAUACACGGACAACCAUGAACAGAAGUGUUGGUUGGACCCCACAAAGGAAAUCAAGAGACAGAUACGCAGCAACAACUGGCAGUUUGCAUUCAACGUCAAGUUCUACCCUCCUGACCCUUCACUGCUCACCGAAGACAUUACCAGGUACCUGUUGUGUCUGCAGCUCCGUGAAGACGUGGCGUCAGGUCGACUGCCUUGCUCGUUUGUCACUCACGCUCUGCUGGGGUCAUACACACUGCAGGCAGAAUUUGGUGACUAUGAACCCGACCAGCCUCGGCCUCUGGACUAUGUCAGUCAGCGGACCUUUGCGCCCAAUCAGAACAAAGAGAUGGAGGAGAAGAUUCUUGAGCUCCAUAAGUCUCACAGGGGGAUGACACCAGCUCAGGCCGACGCCCAGUUUCUAGAAAAUGCCAAGAAGCUGUCCAUGUACGGGGUGGACCUGCACCACGCUAAGGACUCUGAGGGUGUAGACAUCAUGCUUGGUGUGUGCGCCAACGGACUCUUGGUUUACAAAGACAGACUUCGGAUAAAUCGCUUUGCCUGGCCCAAAAUACUCAAGAUUUCUUACAAGAGGAACAACUUCUACAUCAAGAUCAGACCCGGAGAGACUGAGCAGUUUGAGAGCACGGUGGGAUUCAAGCUCCAGAAUCAUCGAUCUGCCAAAAGGCUGUGGAAAGUCUGUGUGGAGAAUCACAGUUUCUUCAGGUUAAACGCACCAGAACCUCCACCCAAGGCCCGCUUCUUGACUCUGGGAUCCAAGUUCCGUUACAGCGGGCGGACUCAGGCCCAGACCCGCGUGGCCAGCUCCCUCAUAGACCGACCUGCACCCAACUUUGAACGCACCUCAUCCAAACGUAUCAGCCGCAGUCUGGAUGGAGCACCAAUGAUCAGCAUAACCGAGGCUGGCAGGGACACAGCUGAGAACGGACGGGAGCUCCACUCUGACUCUAAGACUCCAACACUGAAGCUUAAGGAGGUGGAUUUAAGCCCUGGUGAUGCGGAGGCCACGCCCACCCAGUCGCCUGGAGACAGUGAGCUCGCCCCCUCUCAGGACCAUGAUAAGACCCAAGACGAGGUUCUGAAACACCAAGCUAGCAUUAGCCAGCUAAAACGCUCCUUUAUGGAGGCGCCACCUCCCUCUCCUCCUCAGCCCAACCAGUGGGAGAAACGUCUCACCUCCUCCCCCGCUACAACGAUACGUGUUCAGCAGCAGCAAGUGGUGAGUGAGCCCAAAACGGAAGCAGCCGCCGCUGAUAACGCGAUCUCUGAUACCAAAGAACCUGCAAAGACAACCGAAGUUGAAAUCGAAGAAACCGUUGUCGUCCAAGAGGUUUCCAAAGCACCAAAACCAGGACUUGUCACAGUUACUAUCAGCUCCCCCCCAGCGGAGCACACAAGAGAGCAGGAAGUGAAAGUCGUAGAGGAAGUAGAGGUAGCGGUGGAAGCAAAAGCGGUGAAGCAGGAGAGCGUUUCAUCUGAGAGCGAGAGCGAAGAAGAAGCGGAGUACCACCCGAAUGUCUCCGUAUCCUUCUCCAACACUCAAAUACCAGAGGAGAAGGAAGAGGAGGUAGAGCAAGAGAAGAAAGAGGAGAAGAAGACGUCAGAGCAGGACACGUCGGCUCCAGACGCUCCCGCCCUUCCAGUUGAAGUCAGCCAACCUGUAGAGUCAACAGUCAGAGAGGGAGAGGAGGACACAGGAGCUGAGAAGAAGAAUGCAGAGGAAGAGCAAGGAGGCGUGACAGAGGAAAGCACUGAUGAGCCGAUGCUGACACCUGAAGAAGCUCCGAACGGUCUCACCCUGCCUGAGGAGAGCAUCACCGUGGCGGCCGAGGCAGAGGAAGAGCCUAAAAUGAAUGGAGAGGCGUCUCUGGUUGAAGCAGAACCGCGGCCACAGGUUAUUUGUUGCUCUGAGCCACCUGUGGUAAAGACAGAAAUGGUGACUAUAUCAGACACGUUUGCAGCCCAGAAAACUGAGAUAGCUACAAAAGAAGUUCCCAUCGUACAUACGGAAACCAAGACCAUCACAUACGAAGCUGCACAGUUGGAUGGUAACGGCGAUGGCGAGCCUGGAGUGUUGAUGACCGCUCAGACAAUCACCUCUGAAUCUCUGUGUACCACCACAACCACACACAUUACCAAGACGUUAAAGGGCGGCCUAUCAGAGACGAGGAUCGAGAAACGCAUCGUCAUUACUGGCGACUGUGACAUCGACCACGACGAGGCACUGGCCCAGGCCAUUAAGGAGGCCAAAGAGCAACAUCCUGACAUGUCUGUUACCAGAGUGGUGGUUCAUAAAGAAACUGAGCUGGCUGAGGAGGAGGAUUGACAGAACUCAGAGCUGAAGGGGCCCAUCGAGACUGUUUUCUCUGUUGACGUUGAACGACCUCCAUCACCCGACGACAAAAUCGACCGUGACUGACUGAAGAGAAGAAGAAGAAGAAGGAGAAGAAGAAGAAGAGCUGAAAAAACGAGGAGGAGGCUGAAAGGGCAGAAGAGCAGAGAGAAGUUGCCACUCUCUUCCCUUCACACGUCCGUGGUGCAUCUAAAUCCCCUCUCUCCAAAAAACCAAGAAAAAUAAAAAUAAUAUGCUCGGUGUUUUCUGAGGGAGCAAAAAAGAACCACUUUGUUAGCUUAACAUUCGUAGCGUGUUUUUAUUUUUUAAUAGUGCUUUUUUUUUCUUUAACUGUUUGUUUUACAAAAAAAACGAGAGAAGCUAGUGCGUCCGUCUUGUAUCGCAAAUAUAAAAUCUCUAGGGAUGCACUGAUAACCAAUCCUGAUGACCUUCAAAAAACAAAGCAACUUCUGUUUUUUUUUUUUUUUUCAUACAUAGAGAAAGCUUUUAUCGUCACCAUUUUUUCAGAAAUAUGUUAUUAAUUUGACACUGAAGUUUUGUACUUGGAUUCUGUAUCAGCUAUGGACUAAGUGGUAUUGGCACAUUCCCUAAAAAAAAAAAAAAAGAAAGAAAGAAAAAAGUUAAAUUACAGCUCCCCCCUUCACUUCACAAUGGUGUAAAUGAAGAGAAACAUAAUAUAACAGUAGUUUCAGAGACACAAAAUCAGUCUUGCUCAUUAAAACACAGAAGAUGAAUGAUAUAAACCAGCCAUGUCACAUUAUCACAUUUUGUUACUAAUGAGAACAGGGAGCUGUAACUUAAAAUAUUAUAUCAUCCAGGUUUAUGAAUUUUUAUGAUUCUUUUUUUUUUUUUUUUGUCUCUGUAAGUAUAGUUAAUAUUCAUCCACAUUCCAUGUGUGUUUAACUAGCAACUGAGUGAGUUCAUGUUCAGUUCAAUUCACUUUUUACUCUAAGAAGAGGAGACGUUUUACGAUUUACAGUAGGCGGGAAAUGGACGUAUUCUUAAUUGGGCCAGUGGGUUUGACAUUAAUUAAGCUCGAGAAGCCAAAUGACACAGGUGGGAAUUAACUCUUUGUGAUAUAUUUGUAAGUUUUACUGUAUUUUAGUUUUUGGGGUUUUUUUACUACAUGGACAUGAAUUUGAACUGAAAAUGAACUGACUUUAAAGCUUCGGUAUACGACUUUCUGUACAGUUAAGAAAAUUGAAGGUUAUUAGAUGGGAGCAGCUUUUCAGUAGCUAAACGCUCUCCCUGGGCCCGCCCACUGUAUGACACUAGCCAUUCCCAUUGGGCCGCAGGGGAGCAAGGGAGCAGACUUCUGAUUGGGAGAGAGGACCAGUGAACUGAGGGAAAAUUGGGAGACGAGAGUUGGGAUGGAACACAAAUUUGAGCAUCGGUGCAUGUUGGCCUCACGUUAUUUUGCAUCCUGCAGUGGGUUAAAACUGUUUUCAUUAUUCGUAGGGUAUUCAAAAAGAGUUGUGCACCACAAGCAGCACAGGUACCAAAAUGGAGGACUUGAAACCAGAAUUCAGAAUAAUGAAGUUUCUGCCAGUUUGCUAACUCUGCAUCAGAGCCUGUUUGUCGUCAUAGUUCAGCACUUAAUUUCACUCCCAGCUUCUUUCCAUUACCAGACUAGAUAACACUGAGGAAACCUGCUAGAUAUAUAACAAGAUCUGGGAUUAAAUCCAGCAUGUCUUCACACUUUUUUUUUUUUUUUUUUAUCUUGCAAAAGAGUAUCUUGAGCGAGUCUAGAUAGAAGGCUACUGUGUUGAUUGGUUUGAAGAGUGUGUAGAUAACAGAUUAUCUCCACGCAGUCUAGAUAAGAAUCAUCUCUUGACGCGACGCUGGCCGUGUUGGAACUGUUUCACCGCGACCAAAUAUUCCUCGGCAUUAAAGUGAGUUUAUGUGUUUCUGUUAAAAUUGUAAACAACACUCUGAAUAAGACAGUCCACUACAAACAGACAGACAUGGAAACAGUUACAACAGGAACAAUGCAGCUUAAAGGGAAGUGUAUCUGAGGGUUCAAAGUGCUCUUGAAACCCCUAAAUGGCAUGAUGUUUUAUUCAUCUCUCUGUGUCCUCUUUCAUCCAAAUGUUGGCCCUAAUGCAUUUUGUUGGCACAGAAAAAAAAAAAACACAUUUCUUACCUGGAAAUUUAACUGAUUGUACGCAAAGAAGUGCCACAGAUGAAUAAAAUCAAAAACCUGUACCUGCCUAGGUUUGUCUGAACCCUCCAGUCUAACAGAACGAUUUGUGUGUUUUCUCUUUUUACAUCAAUAUUGACUCAUUCUCCACAUUAUGAAUUAUUAUAUCCCUUUUUAAUUUAACCUCCCAGUUUGAAGGCUUUCUUUCUAGAUGGAGCGGUAAUGACCCUCUUGGCUUUUCUAUUGAGAAACACUGGUCCGACUUCUACUAUGCAUUUAAACAACAUUCCAGAUGAGGGGGAAGCUUUAACCUCUAACCCUCUUACAAAGAGACAAAGCAGCAGAAAAGCAUUUAAACAAACAAACCGUGCAACACUAGGCAGCUUUGGAAGCUUUCGCUGUUCCAAAAAAAAACAAACAAAUCUUCUAAAAUAAAAAAAACGCAUCGGUUAUAUCACAGCAGCUGUGUUUGUAGAUUUUUCUCAUCAUUUGUCGUCUUUUCUGUGUGACGUACUUGUGGAAAAAGGUGGGAUUUAUCGUGCACCCUGUUGGAUGUUUUUAAUAUUGUCGCAGUGUUUUGGUUGGUUUUUUUUGACAUUGAAGGAACACCACUACAAAACUUUCUGCCACCAUUCCCUUUUUUUUUUUUUUUGUACUUUAAAACCCCCCACCUGUUCUUUCCAACGGGGUCUGGGCUCUGUUUUAACCAAUCACGGGAGCUUUGGGAGCUGCUGCCAGGUCUGGGCUUCUCCAAAAUCACUCGCCAUCAGUAACUUUUAUUAAGAUUUAAAAAAUACACACACACAUAAAAAAAAAUAUAUAUAUAUAUAUAUAUAUAUAUACGAACAGAGUUGAGUUGUUGAAAGCAACUGAUGAUGAUUCAACGCCAGCUUAUGUUAAAACUGUCAGGGAUCUCAACAUGGAAAGAUUAUAAGAUCUAAUUUAUCAAACACAUGGACAAAAUGUUCUUUACAGUUAUAUCUCAGGCUUUGUUCUACACAGUAUGGACCUAUUUGGAGAUAAUACCAGCACAGUUUUGUAUUUUAACUACUUAAAACUCACUUUCGGUGUAGAAAAAAAAAAAGAGAGGCAAUUUUGGGAAACCAGCCACAGCUGCCCCAUCGCUCCCUUUUAGCCAACCAAUGAUCACCGGUAGGGUUUUUCUAUCUAGCAGCUUAAAUGUCUUGUGUCUCCCUGCACACAGCCACUCCCCCAGCCCCCUGUGUAACACUGUUUAAAUAAAGGAUUGUUAUACUCUGA